CGUCACUGCGCCGACCGCAACGAGUACAGCAGCAAACAUGGCCGAAGAAGAAGAUAAGAAGGGUGAGGACAAGGGCGACCACAUCAACCUGAAGGUCAAGGAUCAGGACAACUCGGAGGUGCACUUCAAGGUCAGGCAGACCACCAAGUUUGAGAAGAUCUUCACGGCUUUCUGCUCCCGCAAGUCGCUUCAGCCGGGUGCCGUGCGUUUCCUCUUCGAUGGACAGCGCAUCAACCCCACCCAGACCCCCCAGGAUCUGGACAUGGAGGACGGCGAUUCCAUCGACGCGAUGAUGGAGCAGGUCGGCGGCUGCUAAAACCCAAUAUAGAUUCUGAGAGACAGCACGGGUGGUUUUUCGGUGCAGACGGAGCAUUUUGUGAUAAAACGCAAGCACGACAAGCGACAACAA